GAUGAAAUACAAAAACUGGAGUUUUUCCUGAAAGGCUAUGAUCCCCAGUUUUGUCAUGAUCAGCCCAUGUUGUUUGGGGAAUUUUCAAGGCUAAUUCAAGGAAAGAAUGGCAGAAUUGACCAGUUAAAUGAACAGCUUGUUAAGCUUCAGGAACAACGGGAAACAGACAUGCAGGCCAUUAAAGAAAAAGAUGAACUUAUAAAGGAUCUUGAUGCCCAAAUCCAAUGUUUGAUGUGUGAGCAAGGAUGUGAGAAGAAAAAUGGGGAGGAAGAAAUAGAGCAGCUCAAAGGAGUAACUGAAAAUUGGCAGGAAGAGUUGGCGAGCAUUGAACAGAAGACAACAGAAAUCACAUUCCAUCCCCCAGAUACAGAAAGCCUCCAGUGUACACUAGAUAAGGUGAGAGCUGAAGAGAAGACUUCACAACAAAAAGCAGAAACUGCCAAUGAGGAAAUAGCGUGCACAAAACGUACUCCUAAAGAAGCCAGUUGUAAAAUGGAUCAGCUAGCACAAGAACUAUGCAUCCUGAACAAAGGACAAAUGGUCCAGGAGCAACUGCACUCUGUACCUAUGGAAAGUGUUGCCAUGGCUGCUGAUGAGCUCCAGGCUGAUGCACUGCAGCCAGAAGAUGUCUCUGCCCAGGACUCUUCUGAGCUUCUAAAGACCCUGACUUCUGUCGGAUGCCUUAAAGAAAACACCAAGGGUUACAGAAGUCUAGAAAUAAAGUUACUAGGACUGGAGAGUUCUCUAAGAAAGAAGGAUUUAGAACUAAUGCAGUGUCAUAAACAAAUAAAAACCAUGCAAGAGCAAGGCCAAUCAGAACCAGAAAUGCUUCAAAAGAAGAACAAAAAUCUUCAGAGUUUACUUGAAGAGAAAGUAGCUGCAGCCAUCGUUAGUCAAGCACAAUUGGAAGCCUUUCAGCAGUACGUGAAGGGCUUCCAAGAGAAGAGAGCAUCAGAACCUGAAAGGACAGAUGGGCCCAAUGUAAAUCCUCUGACAGGAGACAACUUAGAGUCAGAUGUCUACACAUUAUCUGUGAGAACCGCAGAGUUAAAGAACCAAGUAGCUGAAAUGCAUUCUAGUUUUAUAUCACAAAAACAACAUGUGGAAAUUACAGACAAAAAGUUUUCUGAUACAGAAAAAAUGCUACAGCUACAGAUGCCUUCAGAGGAGGGCACUAAGAAAAGGCGGGAAGUUGAAGAAAAAGAAAGAAGCCUUCAAGAUUUUGAUACCUCUGAGAUGGUUGUUUUCUUAAUUUUAGACUCUGAGUCUGAUUGGGGCCACGGGUUUGACACAGCAUCAGAAGGUGGGGAAGACGGUGAAGGUUCAGCUGGUGCAGUCCCAAGGGCAGUCAAGGGAUUAUUGAGAGCAGUCCAUACUGAGGGCAUGCAGAUGCUUUCUCUUGCUGACUCCCCUGAGGAUGAUGGAGAGGACCAGCCUGAACAGAAGGUUUCAGAAUAUUGGCUAGAAGAGAGAAGAACUUUCAUCUCUACUAUCUUAUCUCUUAAAAAUGUAAUUUCCAAAAUGCAAGUGCAAAGACAGACUGAGGUCUGUGGCCAGUCUCUGUCACUGGAGAGCCUCCCAGAUUGGCGAGGUGAACUUUUGCUUGCCCUUCAGGAUGUACUCUUAAAGGAACGGAGUGUAUUACUAGCUGCCUUCCGAACAGAACUGAUGUCUCCUGGAACUAGAGACACUGAUGAAUUGCUGAAAUGUUUGCAACAGAGAGUACAAGAACAGAGCAUUGAGUAUCAAGCAGCUAUGGAAUGUCUCCAGAAAGCAGACAGAAGGAGUUUGUUAGCCGAAAACCAAGUAUUACAUGCUCAAAUCAGUGGCAGGGAAGUGACUCUGAACAGAGAACAAGAAACUGACACUUCAAGCCAAGAACUCCUCGACUGCAAAAUGCAACAGUCUUGCAGGCUGGAGAUGCAAGGUCAGCACGAUGGCAUGACAGACAGAAUGGCUGAGCUGUAGGAACAGCUCAGUUCAGAAAGAAUGGUGGUUUCAGGAUUAAAAAAUGAACUUUCACGGAUACGGCUGGAGCUAGAAACCACACUGAAGGCCCAGCAUGAGCACCUAAAGGAAUUGGAAGUAUUCAGACUAAAGGCAAAUGAAGUUCAUUUGCUUAGCGAUACAUUAGCAAGAGAACGGAAGAAAUCCCAAGAACUUCAAUGUGCCUUGGCAGCAGAGAAAGCCAAGUCAGGCCAUGACGAAGAACAGGAUAAAGAACUUAAGGCUCUAAGAUCCACUCUAGAAGAGCAGAAACAGAGGAACAUACACUUAGAUGAACUUUUGGAACAACAGAGGCAAUUACUAAAUGAUUUGCAACAACAAAUAGAAUCACAGAGAAUGCUAUAUGAUACGCAGUUGUCAGAAGAACAAGGCCAGAACUUAGAGCUUCAGGUUCUUCUGGAGUCUGAGAAAGUUAGGAUCCAGGAGAUGAAGGACACCCUAGACAAGGAGCGGGAGCUGCACAACAAUGGGGUGCAGCCCCGGCCAGGCUUCCCUCCUGGGGAGCUACUUCAAGAGCUGCAAGAUCAGUUAGAGGAAAAGCAGAAACGCAUAAUCAAACUCGUGAAUGAAACUCAAAAGUACAAACUGGAUUCCUUGCAAGUGAAACACCAGAUGGAGAAGGACAGGCAGGUUCACCAAAAGACACUGCAGGUGGAAAAAGAAGCGAACAGCCUGGGCCAGCAGAAAAUGGAGGAGCUGCAGCGCAAAGUGGAGGAGCUGCAGCGCCAGCUGCAGGAGAGCAGGCAGCAAGUGCACAAGCUCGACCUGGAAGGGGAGAGGUUUCACAGGCUGAUGCAGGGGUUCCAACAGCGGGAGAAGGAGCGGGAGUGCACCGGAAAACGCCAAAGUGGACAACUCCUGUGUCAGAACAUUAGUGAGGGUUCUACUUGGAGUUUUACUGAUGACAGAACUAGAAAUUGGGUUCUUCAACAGAAAAUGGAAGGAGAGAGCAAAGACACAAGCUAUGCAAAAUUGAUGGAAAUGAAUAGAGAAAAGGAUGACUCUAAUAAUGACGUGGAAAUUAUCAGACAGAAACUUCAGCAUGUGGCUACGAAACUUCAACAACAUAUAGCCCAGAAAGCCUGUGACAGACUAGAGGUUGAAGUAUCAGAUAAAGAUGCUUUAAUUUGGGUUCAAGAAAGAAUUGAUCGAAUUAUUUUUCGAGUACAGAGACUAAGGGACCGACAAGAAGAUGAGCACAGCUUAGUAUCCUCAAGUUCCUCUUGUGGCUCUCUAAUAGAAAUGACUUUGAAACAGAAUUCUGAACUAACCGGACAUAUUAACCAACUAACUGAGGAAAAGAAUCACUUACGGAACAUUAUCAUGCAACUGGAAGAACAGAUAAAGUUUUAUCAGCAGACAAGAACUGGUAGAAGCUGUUCCUCUAGAUUUUCACUUGAUCGCGGUGCUAACAUCGAGGACAUCAUUGCUUCAGAAAAGGAAGUCUGGAACAAAGAGAAGUUGGCUCUUCAGAAAUCCCUGAAAAGGGCAGAAGCGAAAGUGUGCGAACUGAAAGCAGAACUGAGAAAUGAUGCCUUACAUCAGAAUCAGAGCCCUGACUCCGAGAACGCUGCCUUCAAGAAAAUUUAUGGUAAAUACUUGAGAGCUGAAAGUUUCCGAAAAGCUCUUGUAUUUCAGAAGAAAUACUUGUUGCUGCUCCUGGGGAGAUUCCAGGAGUGCGAAGAUGCCACCCUGGGGCUGCUUGCCCGCAUGGAAGGAUACUCAGGGUUUAGAGACGCUGAGAUGGUCCCCGGCCGAACAGAAGGACUCACCAGGUUUCGAACUGCCAUUAGAGUGUCUAUCGCAAUUACUAGAAUGAAAUAUUUGGUUCGGCGGUGGCAUCGAGUCAAAAAUGCUGGUCCCAUCAAUAUUAACAGGGAUGAUUUUGGAUUGAGUCCAGGUGUUGAAAAGACCGAUCCACUCUAUCACUCUACCAGUGGACUGGAACUAUGUGAAGAUCCAAGACAUAUGACAUGCCGCUCAAGAUCCGACCUAGAUUUCCCUAGGUCUCCCUUAUCAUUCAAUAGGUACCCAGGAACUCUUGCUGAUUUAAAUGCUGCAUCCCUGACCUCCCCUCAACUCCAGCAUUACAAUCCUGGCAGAACUCUGACAGAUUAUGUCACCCAGAUGGAUGCACUGCAAAGACGACUUGGGUCUUCAUCACAUUCAGGUUCACCGGCUUUGCAGUUUCAUACUGGCAUGAGGAGAUACUCUUCUGAAAAAAGUAUUAACCGAAUUUCAAAUAGAUUCCCUUUUGUAAAUCAAUGGCUCUUUUGUGCUUUUUUAUUGUGAAUAUUCAAUGGGACCAAUACAGACACAGCUUAUGAUUGUAUACAAAUCCUUGCAAGCACAUAAAGACAAACUGGAGUUUGUGUAUAUAAGCAUUGUGUGUUCGUGCACAAUAAGCAUUAAAUUACAUGUAUAUUUGUGGAAUGCUAAUUUAAAUGAUUAAAUUAUAACAUGAGAUGGGUGAAAAGAAUAAACUUUUUCUAAUGAUGCUGCUAGAUGUGUAGCUUGCAGUGUCCUGCGCUUUUCUUACAAGGCUACAUGUUUCUGCCUAAUAUAUUUGCUGCUGGUGAUGAAGACAGAACGCAUCACUCGUAGACACCUAUUUUUGUAUAAUGGUAGAAGUUUGAACUUUACUGGGGUAUUUUGUCAAGUACUGAAAUAAAAAUGACUUCACCAUUUAA